AAUUUGUAAACAUUUCAUCAGGAAUUGUUGGCACAUUAGACAUUCCACUUGGUCAAGUUACAUCCGGUAAAAAAGUCCAGGUUACUUGGACUUUAAUAGCUGGUACGGAAGAUCUAACGGGUAAUACCGGAAUUUUAUCAGCACAAGAUAAAAAUACAAAUAAGAUUAUUGUCAUAGAUCAGGUGCCUCUUGCUCCUAAAACGUAUUUGUGGGAAGUAAACCUUCCAGCUGCUACCUAUGUUCUUACAUUGAACGAUACGUCUGGAGUCAAAACAAGCGAAAAGUUUGACGUCAUAGCUCUUCCCUCAGAAUGA